UUUUUCUCCCCCGGGCCCCCCCCCCCUCCCCUUCCCCUGCGUGCACACUCUCUCGUCCUUGGUCUUGUACUUCGCUUAUAACAUUGAAACGUCCAACACUCGCUACCAGUCCCCUUCCCCCCGUCUUUCUCACACCGGCGACUGGGACGCAAGCACAAGGACGCCACCUCUGGACCCAAGCACGUUUAAAAGGGCGCCAGUCACACCUACUACCCCACCUUCACCCCCUCACACGACCACUUUAGACCGAUAAAUAUUUUACGCAGCUCCAACGACGCAAUGGCAAACCUCAAGCCCAGCGAGUCGGGCGGCAACGGCGGCACAGAGGUGCACGACGCCUCCAAGCACCACCACUACAGCAACCACAAUCACCAUGACAUCCGUCGUGGCUCGCUCGCGCGCCGUCAGUCGUCGACGAUCGCGGCCGACUCUGCCGAUGACCUCCUCAACAAGAUGGGCUACGAGUCUGAGCUUGUGCGCUCGCGCUCGACCCUCCAUGUCGCCUUCAUGUCUUUCGUCCUUGCCUCGAUCCCCUACGGUCUCGCCACGACCCUCUACUACCCCCUCCAGGGUGGUGGACCCGUUGUUGUCAUCUGGGGCUGGGUUAUCGUCUCUCUGAUCAUUCUCUGCGUCGCCUCUUCGCUCGGUGAGAUCACCAGCGUCUACCCUACGGCCGGUGGUGUCUACUACCAGACGUUCAUGCUCGCCCCUAGCAACUACAAGCGCGUGGCCGCCUACAUCUGCGGCUGGGCGUACGUUGUUGGUAACAUCACCAUCACGCUGGCCGUGCAGUUCGGCACAACCCUCUUCUUCGUGGCGUGCAUCAACGUCUUCGAGAAGGAGCCCGGAGUCGGCAUCUGGGACGCCCAGCCGUACCAGAUCUUCCUCACAUUCCUCGCUAUCACCUUCAUCUGCAACGCCAUCUCCGCCCUCGGCAACAAGUACCUGCCCUACCUCGACGCGUUUGCCGUCUACUGGACCAUGGCCGGUCUGGUCGCCAUCCUGGUCACCAUCCUUGCCAUCGCCAAGAACGGCCGCCGCAGCGGUGCCUACGCUCUCGGCCACUUUGAGCCCACCUCCGGAUGGCCCGCUGGCUGGUCUUUCUGUGUCGGUCUCCUUCACGCCGCCUACGCCACUUCGUCGACCGGCAUGAUCAUCUCCAUGUGCGAGGAGGUCCAGCGCCCUGCCACCCAGGUGCCCCGCGCUAUGGUUCUCACCAUCGUCAUGAACACGAUUGGUGGUCUCUUCUUCCUCGUGCCCCUCAUGUUCGUCCUCCCCGACCUUGCCGAGCUCGUCGCGCUCCCCUCCGGUCAGCCCACGCCCUCGAUUAUCAAGUCGGCCGUUGGUUCUUCUGGUGGCGCUUUCGGUCUCCUCAUGAUCAUCAUCAUCCUCGGCAUCCUCUGUGGUACCGCCUGCACCACCGCCGCAUCGCGCUGCACGUGGGCCUUCUCUCGUGACGGUGCCAUCCCCGGCUCCAAGUGGUGGCGCCAGGUCCACCCCAAGCUGGAUGUGCCCCUCAACGCCAUGAUGCUCUCGAUGGCUAUCCAGAUCAUCCUUGGUGUCAUCUACUUUGGCUCGACUGCUGCCUUCAACGCCUUCUCGGGCGUCGGUGUCAUCUGCCUCACCUCGUCGUACGCCGUGCCCAUCCUUGUCUCGAUGUUGGAGGGCCGCCAGCGUGUCAAGACUGGCCAGUUCUACCUCGGCAAGCUCGGUUGGUUCCUCAACAUUGUCGCUGUUGCCUGGUCGUUCCUCGCCCUUCCCCUCUUCUGCAUGCCCGCCCUCCUCCCCGUCACCCCCGCGACGGUCAACUAUGCGCCCGUCGUCUUCGUCGCCUUCGUCGGUAUCUCGUGCGCGUGGUACUUCUUCUGGGGCCGCAAGAACUACCACGGCCCGCCCAAGGACGAGCUUGACGAGACGCUCCCCGCCAACUUUGACACCGAGGCGCCACGCGAGGCGCCCGAGGUCACCGAGACCCACGAGAAGACGACGUACCCGACUGUGCUGGAGCGCAAGAAUAGCUAAGCUGGGUUGUGCUGCUGCCGUGGUCGUGGUCUUUCGUGGUUCGUCUUGGUUCUCGGAUCCCCCCCCCUCCAUCUCAACACCAUCUACCCCCACAUCUCCCUCCCUCCCUCCAUCCCUCCCCCUCGGCCCGUUCGCUUCCCUAUAAUGUAGCGAUCUUUUCAACAAGAUGUCUUUCGUCUCUGUCCGUCUCGAGACUUGGCACGUAGAAAAUAGUUAGAAAAAACUCCAUACUCCCUCUUCCGAGCUUGCUGGUGCAGACGCCCACCAACCCCCUCCCCUCUUGUACCCACAGUGUGCCUUUUCAACAAAUAUAGCAGUUGUGCGUCUGUGUCUCCUUCUUGUCUGCGCCACAGCAUAUGUAUGUCAUGUUGAUCGA